UCCUCUUCGUAGGAUUUAUCCCAAAGGUAGGCUAACCCCGAUACGCCGCUUACCUUUAAAGCAUUUUGAAAAGGCUACUACGGCUGGAGUAUCGACCGGAGCAUGAGAGACGGACACGCGAAGCGCUUUUCCUGAAGCGUGUCCCAGGCCGAGAAAACCUGCGGUACAACGCUGUCACAUGGCUCAACACCGUAACACGGAUCAGGGAAUCAGUUGGCGUUAACGGAGAAAGAAUGAUCACGGACAACAAUAACAAUGUCUUCGUUCACACAGCUGUGCUCUCUGUCCUGCUCUUGUGUGUCGUUGCCGAUACUUAUGGGCCAGAGACAACGUCGAAGGUUCGAGAAACAAUAUACGGACAAGUGCGUGGGUUUGUGACUAAACCCUUACCGGAGAAACAGGUGGAGAACUACCUGGGAAUACCGUAUGGACGACCUCCUACAGGUGACCUUCGGUUUGAGCCUCCGGAGCCUCCAAGAGCUUGGGCUCCUAACACACGAGAUGCUAGACAGCUUUCCCCAGCCUGUCUUCAAAUUUUGCAGACCCUAGAGUACAUCCAGCAGCAUCGCCCGCUGUUCAACAUCACAAGCGAAGAUUGCCUUUAUCUUAAUAUCUACGUGCCUAUAACAAAGGUUGAAAAUGAGCCACUUUCCGUCCUUGUCUUCAUCCAUGGUGGCUCAAAUAUGGCGGGAAUGGGAGCAUUCUUUGACGGUGAUGUACUGGCUGCACAUGGAGAUAUCAUAGUGAUUACCUUCAACUACAGACUGGCAGCAUUAGGAUUCUUCGGAACAGGCCGACCAGAAUUUCCAGGAAACUAUGGUCUUCUUGACCAAGUAAUGCUACUACGAUGGGUAAAUGAAAACAUAGGCUUUUUCAAUGGCGAUCCUGCUAAAGUAACGGUGAUGGGACACAGUGCUGGAUCCUUCAACGUGGGACUUCAUAUUCUCUCUCCUAUGACGAAAGGUUUAUUUCGAGCCGCAAUUUGCCUGAGCGGCUCGCCGCUGUCACCUGUCGCCGUACGACGAUCUUCCAACGACGCUUUGUCCUUCGUCCAACAUAUCGCCCGUUCUUUAGGAUGCACUGAUACCGAUCUCACUGGAAUGAAAGAAUGCCUUAAAGCAGUGCCUCAAGUCGCCUUAAUGAAAGACUUCCCGGAAAUUUACGUGAGCGGCUAUCAUUUCCCGACUAUUGUGGACAAUAUAUAUAUCAGUAAAGAGCCAGCAGAGCUGUUCCAGAACGCGGACCUAAACGUAGAUGUCGUCGUUACGGGGGUUACGAAAGACGAAGGAGUGACAUUUGUCAACAAAGCGGAGAAAUUCCACGACCUAGAAGCCACCUUGAAACGGUUUAAGGCAGUACCAAAACACUCUAAGCUUUUUGCCAUCAUUAAACACGAGUAUACACACUGGCAAAACGAACCGAACAACACAGCACAAGCUAAACUCUACGCCCAGGCGUUUGGUGAUGCGGUAUUUAACGCCCCACUAGCGCGCAUGGCAGACCUGCUGGUGGGCAGAAACGCCACGGUGUAUGUCUACAGAUUCGAGUAUCGCUCGUCUCUGGAUCCCCGUCCUCUGGCAUUAGGUGUUCCACAUGGGGCUGACUUGUUUUUUCUCUUUGGUUGUCCGUUCAGUGGACACCCGAAAUACUCUUACACUGAAGCUGACAGAUCUAUGAGUCACUAUUACAUGGAUAUGGUGGGCAAUAUUGUCAAGGACGGGAAGGCAACCUAUCCAGUAAACAUGUCGGACCCAUCUUCUGUUCGCUCUGCACCAACAUACAGUCCCACGCAGCAGCAGUUUAUCCGUUUUCAUGAGAACGAGGGUGAGCCUAGAAUCGAUCUCGGUAACAACUUCCGAACGAGAAAAAUAUACCUUUGGAACAAGCUAUUACCAUUUCUGGAUGAGACUUUUACAAACGAGUCCACGGAAACAGGUACAUCAGUUGAAGUGGAGACUGACAAUAUUUUCGUCAUUCUGUUUGGGGUAUUUCUUGCUACAACAAUAAUCCAAAUUGUGGCGUUAGCCGGAUGUUGUAUCUUACUUCGAAGGCGUCGAUAAUUUCUAUCAACGGGACAUUACUCAGUGAUGUUACUCAGUGUCAAACAUGUACUAAACAAUAAUUUUUAAUGUUUUUGUAACCUCAAAAUAUUACUCAAAUCUUUGUUUAUUAUUUCUACUCUUGUAC